UGGUAUAGCUGCUUUUGGACCUGAAUACUCCUACAUCUCUUUAGUUGAAAAAUGGAUUCAAAAAUGGAUUUCAGACAUAAAACUUUAAUAUUCCACACCAGAUUUUCAAACAAUACCUUGCCAACAGACCUGCAUUAGGCUAAUAUAUCAAAUGUACUAGACCAUAGACUGUAUAUAAAUUAAUAUAUUGGUAUUAUUAUGUUAUUUACAGUCUAUGUACUGGACCUAACGUUACCAUACGUUGCAAACGGGCCUGUAGCAGAGAAAUUUGACCGUUUCCUCGGUUACAGCGUCUCCGUGACAACAACAACAGCAAACAGUCACAGCAGGUGACACAGCAGCUUGCUGCCGUUACCGUUAACGGUAAACCCCCCAGGGUAAUUAACCUACCGUACAACUUCUUCUCUUCAUAGUAGCACAUUGUUGUUACCUUUAGUAUUUUAGCCGUUGAGUAGCUCGCAGUGAUGCCGAAGAAGAAAGUCGCCAAAGUGAAGAGGGCAAAAGCCGGGAAAGGAAAGAAAGAGGGCAAACAGGAGUCGAAAGCGGACAAAGAGUCGGAUAUCGAGAAAGCAAAGGCCAACGCUGCCCUGUGGGAGCUUAGGUUACAGGUCACCGACCAGUCCCUCGCGCAGUACCGUGAGGCCUGCCGCAAGUUAGCACGCGCCAACGAGGAGCUCACUAACCAACUGUACCGCGCGGAGAAGGACAGCAUCGACGUAACUGGUUUUUUGCAGAAACGAGAUGCGGCGAAAGAGGAGAAGAUCAAUAAGCUGCAAGAAACCCUCAAGAGUCGAGAGGUGCUUGCACGUGAAGAGCGAAACAAACUGGUUGAAGAUUACACACUCGAAAUCAAUGAGAUGAAGGAACUGUUCAGAAAGAAAUCCAGUGAUUUUAACAUGAUACAGGAUGGAAUGAAGAAAAUUAAAGACUUUCAGAAGAGGAAAGCUCAGAUGGAGCAGGAGCUCAGUGAUAUUAGAGAAAGCAUGGAUAUUGCUGACAAGGAGCACAGGGAAACCCUAAACAAAAUGGAGUACAAAUUCUUCAAAGAAAAGGCUCGCCUGGAGAGGGAAGCUGAGCAAACGAUAGCCCUGGUGGUGGAGAAGGCCCACAAUGAAGCCAUUGUGCAGCUGGACGAUGCCUCGCGCUCUGUGUUCAAGGAGAACGUCCGUCUCAAUGAAACACUGAAAUAUCACAUAAAGGAGGCAGAGGACCUGCAGAAAUUGACGGACUCGUUGGCUCAGGAAAAUGCCUCCCUGGCACUGGACAAGAACACAUUUGAGAUGAUGGUAAAGAAGAAUGCAGCUCAGAUGGAGGCCCAAAAAGAGGAGGUAUUUAAACUGAAAGCAAAGGUAGCAUCCCUGGAGCAGGCCCUAGCACUAAAAGCUAGGGAAUCUAAGCGAGAGGAGGAGGAGAAGGAGAAGACCCUGGUCAGCACCCAGGCUCAGGCCAGCCAGGUAGAGUUGGAGAAGCUUCAGAAAGUACUUGCCAUGCGGGAGAGGGAGUUGGGGCACAUCAAGCAGCUAGCGAGCACCAUUGUGGAGCAGCGCACAGAGCUGGAGCAGUUCUUCCAUGAGGCGCUGGCUCAGGUGAAGCAGAAGAUCAUGGCCAGCAGGCUGCAAUACAAAAAGGAGGCACUACAGGCUUAUCGCUGGAGGCUAAGAGAGGCCACAGCAGGAAGGCUUAAGUUUCCACCCAUCCGUAACUUUCAUAAUAGCCCCCACAGUACCAACUCUGUCUAUUCAGACAUGGAGGCGGCUGCAAGGUGGACGCACCGACCAGGCAGUAAAGUUGAAAUUUCAGAUCUCACUUGGGAGCAGAAGGAACAAGUGCUUAGGCUUCUCUUUGCUAAAAUGAACGGACAAAUGGCAAGGAACGCCAGUCAACAUCUGGUGUUGUCUGCCUCUUCUGAGAAGAAGAACCUUAUUGACAGUGAUGCUGCCGGAAUUAGAGAGGAGCUCUCCCCAGCAACCUUCAUCACCCAGGCGCCUGAGUCCUUGCUGCCCUCGAACCCAAACAGUCUGCCAGAUAUAAACACCACAUGACCUCCGUGUGGCCUCUACAUUGUACAUCGCACUCUGGAUUGUUUGCCUCUGCUUUGUACUCUUCACACAGAGUGUCAAUUAUGUGUGUAGUAGAAUACAAGAUGUUUGUGUUUACUAUAAAUGUCUUAUGAUGCAUGUA